AUGCAGGAAAACAUUAAGGUUUUUCUAAGAAUUAAACCUAACGUGGAAAAUUUGUCUGAAUUAAAAAAUGAAGAUUGUGCAAUAUAUAAAGUUAACAAUAAUCAAUUACAUUUAUUCGAAAAAAAAAAAAACUACAAUGAUAUGAAUGAAGUGAAAACUAAAAUUUUCAAUUUCAAUCAUAUUUUCAAUGUUGAUACUAAGCAAAAUGAUAUAUUUGAUUCAUUGGGAAAAAGCUUAAUAAAUAACUUUAUUAGUAAGUAUCCAUACGGUUAUAACAGCUCCAUAUUGGCUUAUGGAAACACCAAUAGUGGAAAAACAUAUACAAUAUAUGGUGAUGGAUCUAAUUCAGAAAAUAAAGAAAAUAAUGGACUAAUUUUCUUUUGCAUGAAUUACUUUUUUGACUUGAAAAAUAUAAGUAAGAACGCCGAAAUUUCUGUGUCAAUAAUUGAAAUAUAUCUAGAAAAAAUUAGAGACUUGGGAAAAAUAUUUCAACUUUCUCAGUUAUCAACAACCACUGAUGACAUAAUCAAGUAUUAUUCUCAAUUUCAUGAUAAUAUAAUUAGAGAAGAUGAAAAGGGGAAUACAUAUGUGGAAAAUAUUACAAUGCUACCCAUAAAGAACAUUGAUGAUGUUACAGAUAUCAUUAACUUAUGUUUUAAAUAUAGAAAAACUCAUGCUACAAAAAAAAAUUUGGUGUCCUCGAGAUCCCAUUGCCUUUUGACUGUUUAUCAACACAGGGAAAAGCAACUUAUUUCUCAAAUAAAUUUUAUCGAUUUGGCUGGAUCCGAAAAAUUUAACGAUAUAGAGAUGGUUAACAAAAAGGAGCUGAUAAAUAUCAAUAACACUCUGUCUGUUCUAAAUAGAGUUAUAAUUGCUUUAAGUACAAAGAAUAGAAUCAUUCAAAAUAUGGAAAAAAAAAAGGAAAACGAGAUACUAAAAAAUGAGGCCAUUUGCUCUGCCAGUGUUCAUGUCCCGUAUAGAGAUUCUAAAUUGACAAGACUGCUAAAGAACAGCCUAAAUGGAAACUCUUUCACUUACAUUUUAAUUUGCUUAAAUUUGAAUAGCUAUAAAAUAGACGAUUUUAUAAAUAGCUUAAUUUUCGCAAAAAGAUGUAAAAAGAUUAAACAAAGAAUUAAAAAAAUUAGUAGAAGUAAACAUUCAUCAAAGUCUGAAAACUGUAGAAACGACUCUUCUGAUGAUAAUAAUACUUAUGAAAGUUUUGAUUCGAAUACUGAGAAUUUUCAAUUUCUGGUAGAUGAAAACAAGGGUGAUGACCCCCAAUUUUUUGAAAAACAUCUUAUACAUAAUAAAAAAAGAAAUGUAUUAAAAACGUUAAACCAUACUUAUAAUACAGUUAUAAAUAAACUCUUAGUAUUAUUUACUCAUGCUAUUCGAAAGAAGUUUUCUGAUAUAGUUAAAGAGAAACGAUCCAUCAUAAACAAUUUAAUUAAAAUUAUUAAAUCUGAAGAAAAUAAUAAAGAAGAAUUAAAAAGAUAUAAAAAUUACUUAACCAAAAUAUUAAAAAAGAAAAAAAAAGAUUUAAUUAAUAAUGAAAUAUAUUUAAAUGAUCUUAUACAUUCAAAACGAAAUGAAACGGAAACAGGUAUUCAAAAUUAUUAUCCUCAUCAACUAUGUACAAAUAAAAGCUUAUCAAUAUGUCAAAUAAAAGAUCAUACAUUAAACGAUUUAAGCAGGUUACCUAUAGAUCUCUGUCAAAAACAAGAUUAUUCGUCUACUUCUAACAAAAUUGAAGAGGAUGAAUUUACGCGUACUAUAGAAAAUAAUACAUUAAAGCAAUACCCCGAGAUGAGUGCAUGGGUUGAUAAUGCACCUUCACAGAAGAAUAUCAGCCGGGGAAUUUCUCAAGAUAUAAGUUCAAACUUUAUAUCAUCCAAAAUAUUAGAAAAGAACGAAUUAAAAGAUGAUCCAUUUUUACUCCCAAUGUAUAAGACAAUUUCUAUUUAUGAUAAACAAACAAAGGAUGAACACGACAUUAAACAUGUCUAUUUAGAUAUUGAUGAGAUAUACAAAAUAGAAUUAAAUCAAUUAAACGAAAAAAUUAAAAUCAUGAUAGAAAUAAAUUUACUAGCCAUUUCUUUAUUUACAAAUGUAGAAAAACUAGCCAAAAUUCUGAAAAACGUGUACAAAAAAAAAUAUAAUGUUAUAUUAAUGAAUGGAAAAAAAACAUUAAAUAUACCUAACUAUAACUAUAAAGAAUUCAAAAAAGUAUAUGAUUUCAACCAUCCCCAAUUAGAGCAAAGUAGCCAAAUGGACAGCCCUUGUUUAUUAAUAAAAGAUAUGGAUAAAAAUAUAGUUUCUUUGUAUCAGAAAAUAAAUGAAAGACAAACAUUGCAUAAGAGCAAGAAAGGUUAA